UGACGUCAGCGUCGGAUCAGUGAACUAAAACAAUCACCCUUCUCCUCCUUUUCCCUAACCGACCGCACCGCCUCACCCGUGGCGUCUGAAACCCCCACCCGACCAGACCAGACAGGACCAGAACCAGAACCAGCUGCACCGCUCCGUCCGUCCGUUCAACGCUCGUUCACACGGUCACGGAGGAGGAGAAGCUUGCAGCAGCUGCGGUAUCUUCUGUCCGACCAGCAUGUCCGCUCAGCCCGGUGAGGAGCUCGGCUCGGAUGGGAAGUGGUUCGGAGACGAGAGGAACGGCCUCUUUGGGAACGCGCCGCCUCGGUUCGGUGAGGAAUUCAAGCCGAGAGGCAACGACGCGGCGGGCGACCUGGAUAAACAAUUUCAUCUUUACCAGGACGACGGGAAAAGGCCUCCCGUUGCUAUGGAAACUGCAUCUACAGAUGAUCCCAUGUCUGGCCUGUUUAGGAAGCCUCUGAGUGAUGAUGGCGAUGUGUAUACCUCCCUGCUGUCCAAUCAGAGCUUCACAAACAGCCGGGAAGCUUCUUACCUGUCAGACGACCUGAAGCCCUCCAGCUGCUCCUCUGGCUCUUCUGGCCUGGAUCACUUCUCAAGUGAUGCCUACAGCUUCAACUCUAAAAGCAAGAUGACUUCCAACUUAUCAGAUGACACACCUAAGUCUCUGCUGAGCUCGGACAAGACAGAAUCCUACAACUACAUGGAUAUCAGCCACGGGGAAGAGCGUCAGGUGGCCCCUCCCAGUAUUUUUGACAAAGGCUCAGGUGAUCAUGAUUUACUGGGGAGCUACAUGGAUAAUAACCCUGGCAUAGAUGAGGACGAUGAGGAGGAAGAGGAAAACCUAGGCCCAGCACUUGGCUCUCACUCGUUCCCUUAUGUGGAGGAUCCAUCUGAUGAGGAGCUGACAGAUUACCGCUCCUACCGGAACCUGGGCGGGACCCCGCAGAUGGCCAGCCCAGUGAAGAUCACUCUGACCGAGUCUAAGCUUCCAGGAUCCAAGACCAUGCCGGAGCAGCUUCCUGCUCCAGCCUGCAUGUCUGAGCGUGAAAACGUCCUGAGCGUGGGCCAGCAGGGGGUUCCCACGGUGACUCUUUCAGAGCCAGAGGAUGACAGUCCCUCUUCCACUCCGAAUGCUUCUCCGACACGUAAAGGAUUCUCUUCUCAAGACAUGUUCAAGACUGAGUCAGGGAAGCCUGCAGCUUCUAAAAGCACCAAGUCCAACAACUGUGACCCUGACGGCAGCAGCGCCGAGUCUGGAGACUCAGAGAUCGAGCUUGUAUCUGAGGAGCCUCCCAAACCCAGCAGUAACCCAUUUGCUGAGCCUCCUAAAAGCAAGGGCACUUUCAGCCAGGCUAACAACCCCUUUGACAAUCCCCCGAUAGCCAAGGGUGGCUUUGGUCUCUCUGGUGGCCCCGCUCUACCCACAGCCUACAGCAUCCUGAGGGAGGAGAGAGAGGCAGAGCUCGACAGUGACCUCAUCAUUGAGUCUGCAUCUGAAGAAAGCCCAAAGAGAGAGCAGGGAGUCACCUCUCUCCCCACCGCCAUCCCUCCCAGCAAUACCUCUGAGGCGGUGCCAUUCCAACCUCUGGUUGCUGAAAAGGUCAAGAACCCUGUGAAAACAGAGGAGGAUCGUUUCAGCAAGCCUAAGCCCCCGACUGCUGCUGUGCCUCCGGAGGUGAGAUCAGAAAAACCCCACCAGGAUGACACGCAUAAACCAACCAACGAGGGCAAAGGAGGUCUUGAGAAGCCCGCUGUAUCGUUCUUUUUGGAGGGCUUCAACAAAGAAAAAGCGAUUGACCUCCUGUACUGGAGGAACGUGAAGCAGUCGGGCGCCGUGUUCAGCAGCGUGCUCCUGCUCCUGUUCUCUCUGACCCAGUUCAGCGUGGUCAGUGUGGGAGCGUACUUGGCCCUGGCGGCCCUCUCAGCCACCAUCAGCUUCAGGAUCUACAAGUCCGUGCUGCAGGCUGUGCAGAAGACUGAUGAGGGACACCCAUUCAAAGCUUAUCUGGAGAUGGAGAUCGCUCUGUCUCAGGACCAGAUUAGUAAAUACGCAGACAAAAUCCUGCUGUGCAGCAACACCUGCAUGAAGGAGCUCCGCCGGCUGUUCCUUGUACAAGACCUGAUUGACUCCUUGAAGUUUGCAGUUCUGAUGUGGCUGCUGACCUACGUGGGUGCUCUCUUCAACGGCCUGACACUGCUCAUCCUAGCUGUGGUCUCCAUGUUCACCCUGCCUGUGGUUUAUGAGAAACAUCAGGCACAAAUUGAUCAAUACGUGGGACUAAUACGGACCCAGGUCAACUCCGUGAUGGGGAAGAUCCAGGCAAAGAUCCCCGGGGCCAAGAGGAAGGAGGAGUAGAUCCGUCCUAGUCACCGUGAAGCUGACGGUCCAGUCCAGCCGAGAGUCAGGCUCGCUGCUGAAGGGCCUGAUCGUCAUCUGUGGGGCGUAGUGCUGUGUCAUCUUGGUGUUCUCUAAAAAGCAUCCACUUGGAGAAGCCUUCACCCUGUCUAUAGCAGUCUAAACACUAACACAGUCACACGUAUGUGCAUAAUCCUGCUUCUAGGUAGAAGAAAACAACUCUGACAAAAAACAAACUAUGUUGCUUAUUAUGAAGUGCAUGAAGUCAAGCCUUGGGUAAAUAUUUGAUAUCUUCUGUGCGGUUUCUAAAAAUCACGCUUUAUUUUUUGCUUUUGCAGUGCUUGCCACAAAUGCUACGGCUUAGCACAAAAAUAAAACAGAGGCUGGAUGUCCAGACACACACUGUUAAACACUGCUUCAUGUUUCUAUUUGCAAUUCGGAGCUUUUCUCAGUAUGUAAGUAUAUAUAAAUAACAAAAACGAUCUCCUUUUUGGUGUUUUCAAGCACAAAAUAACUUACGAUAUGCGUCUUAAGUGUGGUUAUUGUAGAGUUUUGCUUUUGUAUAACCAUAAGGAACAACACAUGCUCAUGUUUAGGUACUGUUGUACAACUACUAUGAAGACAAGAAGUAUCUGGUGAUAUUUAGCUUGUUUGAAUAACUGUCCAACUUUGUACUAUGUUCAACUAUACUCUGUAGCUCUCUAGACCCUGGACUCUAUUUGCACUUCUGGUAUGUAUUUAAUUACAAGAAUAUGGGAAAAAUAAAUGUACCUUGAUGUAAACCCUCA